CGUCAAAGCCAUUCCAGUCGUUAUCGCCAAGGCUGCAUUGAAAUUCCAGAGAGAGAGAGAGAGAGAGAGCAAAAAUUAAAAAAUAAAAAAAAGCAAAAAAAAAGGAAAGGAAAGGAAAGUCUCCGAAAUUCAGUCUCUUUUGGAAAACGCGGAUUCUAACUUGUAUCUUAUUUUGGUUUAAGAAGCAAAAGCCUCCGUCUACUCCUAAGAAUUCUCUUUUUCUUUUUUUUUUUUUCUUUUUUUUUUUUUUUUUUGGGGUUAGGUUGGUUUUUAUAAAUAUAUAUUUUUUGGGUUCUGUUUGCCUUUUCAAGAUUCAAACGUCCAACGCAGUUUCCCAACUACGCUUUUUUCCAUUAUACCCAAACAGUAGGACUGUUUAGUUUUCUUUUAGUCUUUGGUUUUGGUUUGUUUUUCUUUGUUGUUCAUUCAAUUUGUUUGGUCGUCGGACCGUCCUUUUCUUUUCUUUUCUUUUUUUUAUUUUUUGUUUUUGGGGGAAGAAUUUUCUUUUAGCUUCGUUAUUGUUUAUCUAGAUCUGGGUUACGAAAAAAGAUAAUUUUUUUUUUUUUUUGGUGUCAUUUUUCCGGUUACUGGAAAGGAAUAGCAGAUAAAUCUUUUUUUUUUUUUUUUUUUUUUUUGGUGGGUAAAUUUGGUAUGGCUUCGGCGACUAUAUGCGCAACGUUACGGCGCCGAAGAUCGCCUUCAUUGGAGUUCUUUUUGGCUCCGGUUGACCUCGCUGAUGUAGCUCUGGUGCAAACAGUUGCUUCCGUCGCCUCCGAGUUGGUCUCGUCGUUUUCCGGCUUGGCUUUAUGGUUUCAGAGAAAGAAUUCUCGGUCCCUUGUGAGGAAAUUGGAGGUUUUUGUUGUGCUGUUGGAGUGUUUGAGGGAUUCUGAAUCCACUGCGCCUCGGACGUCUGUGCUCUGCUUGAACGAGCUUUACUUGCUUCUGUACAGGUCCAAAAUACUCCUUGAUUAUUGCGCACAAUCUAGUAAGUUAUGGCUUUUGCUUCAAAACCAUUCGAUUUCUGGCAAUUUUCAUGAUUUGAAUCAAGAAAUUUCGACCCUGUUGGAUGUAUUCCCUAUGAAAGAUGUUGAAAUUGGUGACGAUGUUAGGGAGCAAAUUCUGCUCUUACAGAGACAGUCAAGGAAGUCCAAGUUGUUUAUUGAUAAAGAUGAUGACGCUUUGAGGAUUAUACUCUUCUCCUUCCUCGAUGAAUUUGAGAAUGGUCGGAUUCCAGAUUCGACGGAAUUGAGGUUGUUUUUUGUGGAGAGAUUGGGAAUCAAGAAUGCUAAGAGUUGCCGGGAUGAAAUUGAGUAUUUGGAGGAGCAGAUUGUAAAUCAUGAAGGAGAUGUUGAGCCCACUGUUUCAGUUCUCAAUGGGUUUGUUGCUCUCACACGGUAUUGCAGGUUUUUGCUUUUUGGGUUUGAGGAGGACGAAGUAGAAUUAAGAGUUGGGAAUCAGAAGAAGCCGAGGAAGGGGUUGAUUUCUCAGGAAAUUGCAGACACCUUUGUGACAAUACCACCUGACUUUUGCUGCCCAAUAUCGUUGGAUUUGAUGCGAGAUCCUGUGAUUAUCUCAACUGGACAGACUUACGAGCGAAGUUCGAUAACCAGGUGGAUGGAAGAGGGGCAUUGUACUUGCCCCAAGACAGGGCAAAUGCUCAUCAACGACCGCCUUGUUUUGGUUCCUAACCGGGCUUUGAGGAAUUUGAUCAUGCAGUGGUGCACUGCCCAUGGAAUUCCCUAUGACCCGCCGGAGUGCACAGACGCAUCCGCGGAGAGCUUUGCCUUGGCUUCCCCCAGUAAGGCUGCACUUCAAGCCAACAGAGCAACAGCAGCACUUCUAAUUCAACAACUAGCAAAUGGAUCACAAGUUGCACAGACUGUAGCUGCUCGGGAGAUACGUUUGUUGGCGAAAACAGGAAGGGAAAACCGUGCUUUCAUUGCUGAAGCUGGGGCAAUCCCGUAUCUUUGCAAGAUACUCUCAUCUUCGAACCCUAUUGCGCAGGAGAAUUCAGUAACUGCAAUGCUCAACUUAUCCAUAUACGAAAAGAAUAAAUGCCGGAUUAUGGAGGAAGAAGGUUGUUUGGAAUCAAUUGUUGAUGUUUUGAGAUUUGGGCACACGACGGAGGCAAGGGAAAAUGCUGCAGCUACUUUGUUUAGCCUUUCUGCAGUUCAUGACUACAAGAAGAGAAUAGCAGAUGAGGAAGGGGCAGUUGAAGCCUUGGCGGGCCUGCUAAGAGCUGGUACACCUAGAGGAAAGAAGGAUGCUGUAACGGCUUUAUUUAAUCUGUCGACACACACAGACAAUUGUGCGAAGAUGAUAGAGGCAGGGGCUGUAACAGCGCUUGUAAAUGCAUUGGGAAAUGAAGGGGUUGCUGAGGAAGCAGCAGGUGCAUUGGCCUUGAUUGUUAGGCAGCCAAUUGGGGCUGAAGCAGUUGGUAAGGAAGACACCGCAGUAGCAGGUUUGAUUGCAAUGAUGCGAUGUGGGACACCAAGGGGAAAAGAGAAUGCAGUUGCAGCAUUGCUUGAAUUGUGCCGGAGUGGAGGGGCAGCCACAACAGAAAAGGUGGUUAAGGCUCCAGCAUUGGCUGGGUUGCUUCAGAGUUUGUUGUUUACUGGUACAAAACGGGCGAGAAGAAAGGCAGCUUCUCUUGCAAAAGUAUUUCAGAGGCGUGAGAAUGCGGCUAUGCAUUUUGGUGGUUUGGGUGUAGGGUAUGCAUAUGCAAGUAACUCAGCUACAAGUAGAGAUUCAGGUUUUGCUGGUGAUGUCUCUGUGCCAAUGUCCAUUUCGGUGCCUGUUUUGUAGUGGUAACAUCCACUUUCAAGUUGUAGCAUUCCUGCUUAUGUAUGUUCCCAUUUUUGUUGGAAAAUUUACAAAUUCUUUCAUUGAAAUUUAAAGGUGAUAUAAAAGUUAUAGGAAUACCGUAUAUCCUGUGGUUACAAAGAAUGGUCUGUGUUGUUGAGCAUUUUAGUUAAUAUACAUGUAUUAUCCAGUCAUGGAAAAUCAUAACCCAAGUGUUGAGAAAUUAUGUAAAAUGUCCAUAACAGAUGCAUUGAGAAUGUGCAGCUUUACAUGGCAGUUAUCGGAAUGGCGCAUUUAUUUCUUAAA